UUGAUUUGUUAUCAUUUAAUUUUAUGAAAAAGUAUGUGAAAUAAAACAGUUAUGGUUAAAAUUUGUGUUUCUUGUUUAUUACUUAAUCCCACUCUAAUAAUAUUUGGCGUUUUUUUAAAAAUGUACCCUCUAUGUACUGUGGCGCCACCCUAAUUGAAUGCAUUUCGACGGACACUUUUCAUAUACAGAGAUUUUACUCCUAACCUCUACCCUCUAUACCCUAUACGAAUAUUUAUAUUGCGCUUUCAUUCUAUCUAAUCUUCCUUAUUUAAAAUUACUAUUCGUAAACAUCCUAGUUAAUAUAUCUAAAUUAAAUGUUCAAUAAAAUUUCUUAAGCAAAGUAAAUUGUUGGCUAUAAUUUAUUGAUUAUUACAAUUUUGCGAAAUGUUGUAUCGUGUAAUGAAUCAAUGUAUUCGAAUAUUGCCGUAUAAAAUAAAUCAUUUUAAAAUAAACAUAAGAUUUUUAUGUGAAAUACCUACAGUAAAAGAAAAACAAACUACAGAAUUAAAUUCUACAAUUAAAGAUGAAAAGUUACAGACAGAAAGAUAUCCUGGAUAUGAAAUAAUUUAUAAAUAUCCUUACAUAAAAUAUGUAAGUUUAUUUCAUAUAUUUAAACGAACUUUGAUGAUAAACACUGUUGCCACAGUGCCGAUAAUAUUUCUGUUGUAUCAAGUAAACAUCCUAUCAAAGGAAGUAGCUUUCUUUGUACCACUUUUUGCAAGUUCAAUUGCAUUAUCAGUGUUUAUAGUUGGAGCAUUAUUUACUAAUCAAAUUGGUAUCAUAUACUAUAAAGAUAAUGAUUUGAUAAAGAUUGCAUAUGUCAAUCAGUGGGGUAAAAGAACAGACAUUGAUACUAGGAUUAGCGAAAUUAAACCCCUUAAUAGUACUGCUUUUUCAACAAUGAAAAUGUUUAGAAAUGUACACAUCACUUCACUUAGGUAUCCAUUAAAAUUAUAUGUGAAUCACAGUGUAAUUAGUAACAAAGAACAACUUGCAAGUAUAUUAGGUGAUUAUGAAUAAUAUAUCUGUAUUUAGAUUUCCUAUUUAAUAAUGUAAUAUACAUGUUAUAAUAUUUAAUUAUA